AUGCUAACAAUGGAUAAGUGCCAACACAUUGGGCAGUUGCGACUUGCUCAAGACCAUUCCAUCCUCAACCCGCAGAAGUGGCAUUGUGUGGACUGCAAUACAACUGAGUCUAUUUGGGCUUGCCUUAGCUGUUCUCAUGUUGCUUGUGGAAGAUAUAUUGAAGAACAUGCACUCGGGCACUUUCAAGAAAGCAGUCAUCCUGUUGCAUUGGAGGUGAAUGAGAUGUAUGUUUUUUGUUACCUUUGUGAUGAUUAUGUUCUUAAUGAUAAUGCAACUGGAGACCUAAAGUUACUACGAAGUACAUUAAGUGCAAUCAAAAAUCAAAAUUAUCACUGUACCACUCGUAGUGGAAAGGUUUUACGGUCUAUGGGUACAAGUGAUGAUUCCUAUUUCUUACAUGAUGGCACCCAAUCUCUGCUUCAAAAUGAAGAUCAAAUGUAUACUGCUGUUUGGCACAGGAGAAGGAUACUCAUGGGUAAAAUCUUUCGAACUUGGUUUGAGCAGUCACCCGUUGGAAGAAAAAGGCAAGAACAAUUUCAGGAGAAAUUAGCAAAAAGAGAGGUGAAGAAAAGACGACAAGAACUAUUAGAGCAUCAAGCUAAUGCAGAAUUAGAAAGUAUGCCUCCCAGAAAGAGUUCACGUUUACAAGGUCUAGCUCAGUCCACCACAGUAGAAAUAGUUCCUGUACCGCUGCAAACCUCAGCAUUGCCAGCAAAAGAUAAAGUAGGAUCUGCCUCAGAAGACGUAAGACUGAAAAAAGCUAGUGACUCCUCUGUUAAACGAAGGCCAACAGUAACUCCUGGUGUAACAGGAUUGAGAAAUUUGGGAAAUACUUGCUAUAUGAAUUCUGUUCUCCAAGUAUUGAGUCAUUUACUUAUUUUUCGACAAUGUUUUUUAAAACUUGAUCUGAACCGAUGGCUGGCUGUGACAGCUAGUGAUAAAACCAGAUCAUCUUAUAAGCAUCCUCCAGUUACAGAUACAGUAUAUCAAAUGAAUGAAUGUCAAGAAAAAGAGCCAUACUCUGUGCGCUUCAGACAUCCAAGUUUAUCAUCAGGACUAAGUGGCGGAGCACCACAGAGUAGAAAGAUGGAACUUAUUCAGCCAAGGGAGCCAAGUUCACAGUACAUUUCUCUUUGCCAUGAAUUGCAUACUUUGUUCCAAGUCAUGUGGUCUGGAAAGUGGGCCUUGGUCUCACCGUUUGCUAUGCUACACUCAGUAUGGAGAUUGAUUCCUGCUUUUCGUGGUUAUGGCCAACAAGAUGCUCAGGAAUUUCUUUGUGAGCUUUUGGAUAAAAUACAACAUGAGCUAGAGACAACUGGUACCAGGUUACCAGCUCUUAUCCCUACUUCUCAAAGGAAACUCAUCAAGCAGGUUCUGAAUGUUGUGAAUAACAUUUUUCACGGACAGCUUCUUAGUCAGGUUACAUGUCUUGCAUGUGACAACAAAUCAAAUACCAUAGAACCUUUCUGGGACUUGUCACUGGAAUUCCCAGAAAGAUACCAAUGCUUUGGAAAAGAUAGUGCUUCCCAGCCAUGUCUGGUUACUGAAAUGCUGGCUAAGUUCACAGAAACCGAAGCUUUAGAAGGAAAGAUCUACGUGUGUGACCAGUGUAAUUCAAAACGUAGGAGGUUUUCCUCAAAACCAGUUCUACUCACAGAAGCACAAAAACAGCUUAUGAUUUGCCACCUACCUCAGGUUCUCAGACUCCAUCUCAAACGAUUCAGGUGGUCAGGACGUAAUAACCGAGAGAAGAUUGGUGUUCAUGUUGGCUUUGAAGAAAUCUUAAACAUGGAGCCCUAUUGCUGCAGGGAAUCCCUGAAGUCCCUCAGACCAGAAUGUUUUCUGUAUGACUUAUCUGCUGUGGUAAUGCACCACGGGAAAGGAUUCGGCUCAGGACACUACACUGCCUACUGUUACAAUUCUGAAGGAGGGUUCUGGGUACACUGCAAUGAUUCCAAGCUAAGCAUGUGCACUAUGGAUGAAGUAUGCAAGGCCCAAGCUUAUAUCUUGUUUUAUACCCAGCGAGUUACUGAGAAUGGACAUUCUAAACUCCUGCCUCCAGAACUCCUGUCUGGUAGCCAGCAUCCCAGUGAAGAAGCUGAUACCUCUUCUAAUGAAAUCCUUAGCUGA